UGUUUACUUUGCUGGGCAGCGGUCAUUCUCAACAAGACCAAGAUGGCGGUAAUCAAAGUUCCAUCAAAUCAAAACAAGAAAAAAUCUUUCACGUUUAGAAGCAUUUAUUAGGUUUUAUACAAAGUCACAAUGCCAAUGCAACACACAAUGAAAGUCUAUGAUAGCAAGAAUGCCUGAAGAGCACCCACCAGCACUACUGAAACUCAAUCUGAGCCAUGUGUACUUCAAUUCUCCAGGGAGAUAUUUUCUGAAGAUCUCCAUAAAUGGCUCAGUUCAGAAACAGUAUGGCGUGUUGCUAUAUGUGGGGUCGGCUAAAUCCCCCGUGCAUGACCAUGUGUACACCACUGAACCAUUGGAGGCGUCAAGUCCUGAUGAACCAGUGUUCUUCAAGGACUCAGCUCUUUCCUUCCAUUUGCCUCAAGGUUUUGCAUCCGAUGAUAUAAUUCUCACUGUGGAGGCCCACCAACUUGGAGAUGACCCAGGACAAGCAGGGUCAUUAUAUGGCAAGGGCUCACUCACUGUCUAUCCCCAUGUCAUGUCCCUCUUUCCUCCUAACAUCUCUACCCUGGACACGCCUGAUAAAUCCCAAGUGAUCUACUCCUUAGCACAGCAGUUAAUCCUGGUUAAGAAGCUAGCCGACAAUGGGGUGCAUGUUAAUGUGGGUGUCAUGAAGAUGGAGGUGACAUUGAAAAGCUUGGAUAAGCAACCGGUGAAACAGCCAGAAAAAGCAGCAAAUGCUACCCCUAAUGAGCCUGUGGCUGGCCCAAGUACGGCUUCUCAGCCUGUACCAGUACUCACCACACCUCCAGUCACGCCCAAUGGUUAUGACACUAGGAAGACUAUUCCCGACCCACCAUUGGGUAGUCUGAGUUCCCCUGUCCACCCCCGCUACCUGUGUGGCAGCUUCCUAGCCAGAGAGGGGUACUGUGAGGUAGUGGUGCUGGUACAUGCUGCUUAUGGUAUCCCUGCCAAGUCAGAUGGCCGUCUACCACAGCCUUAUGUUACAGGGUCAUCACGAAAAGACCUGAGCCGCAAACUUCCAGCCCAAUCAGUCACACAUUCAUCAAUUCAACCAACACAGUCCCCAGCAUGGGGGGAACUCUUACUGAUAGAGGUUGCUAAAGAAGAUGCCAGGCAAGAAGAGAUUAUCCUUACCGUGGCUGAUCAUCCAAGUAGAGAGCUACUGACAGAGUUCAGCAUUCCCAUAAUCCAUCUCAAGCCUACACAUCAGUACCAUCUAGAGCUUGUGAAGCCCAUGAGCGAGUCUGCUAAAGACACCCGACUCUUUGUGACAUUGAUAGUCAAAGAGGAUGCGCUUUUAGAGCAAGGGGGCAGCUCGGAUCAAAUCCUUGGGCUUGAGAUGCUGUUACGUGGUCUAGAAAGUCCGAUAUCCAACCAGCUUGGUCCCCUGAUAGCCGUAGCGCGUAUAGCCCCAGACUGGCAGCAAUACAAAGACACUAUGCUCACAGCUCAGCCAAGUCCAGCUGGUGUUACCAUGACUACCAUCAAUUUCCCGUCACCGCAUCCCAUGUCAUUCUCCGUCGCUGGGUCUGCGCAUGCGUACGGGUCUCCUCAGGUGACUGUUUGUGGUGAGCCGCAGGAGCAGCCUCAAUGGAACCAAAUGCUGUUCUUCCCUGGUGCCCAGACCUCGCUCUUCUCAUCCUCGGCUUCACUUGUCAUCGAGUAUUACGCUAUAUCACUGGCAACCGGAGCAUCUGACUGGCAGCUGUCCAGUCCUCUCGGCUAUUCUUACCACAGGCUGGACCAAUUUUUGCUUUCUAGUCUCCAACAAGAGAGUGCAAGCCUAGGUCUCAGGCUUGAUUCUCUUCCGGUUGAGGGCUUGCUCAUUAGGACGACCAUGGGAACUGGUGCAACUGUGGGUCUCGUCUUGCGACUUGUGACUGCUCAGCGACAAGACACACGUGUCGCCGCUUCUCACCUUUCCUCACUUCCCGUAUUCAGGAUGGCUGGCCCUGGUCCAGGCCCCGCUCCUUCAAACCCAGCACCGAUUGCUGAUCAGGAUCCUUAUGGGCUACCAUCGUUCAAUGCUGUCAAGAGCGUCCUUCCUCAGUUCACAGCAGUUCCUUUAAGGAGCCGUCCUCCUCAGGCGCAGAUGACAGCCCCUAGGGGGGAUAUAUCUGCUACGACCGCUGAAAUGAGAAGUUUGAGGGAUCUCCCACCCGAUCUUCGCAACACUAUGGACAUGAGAACACUGGCCUUACUGGACUACCAAAUGCAGGAGGUGGACCGCUAUAGGGCUGCGAUGCGGAAGCUAGCCGCAGACUUGUUGCACCUUCGACAGGAAAAUGCUCGCCUAGAGGAAGCGAACAGUCGUCUUCGGCGUGACUUAAACCAGCAUGACGAGAUCUCACGGCUGAUGAUUGGCUCAGAUGACUUGGAUAAUGUCACGCACGGGGAGCUUGUGCAGAAAUUCGCUCUUCUGAAGAAGAAGCUAUCUGAUGAAUCGACGAGGAGACAGGAACUGCAACAGCGAACACAAAAUCUUCAGAACGAACUGAUCAAGAAAAACGAGAAAGAAAAAGAGCUAAUCAAGCUGCAGGAGGCACACGAGAGUCAGCAGAUUCUUCUACAGAAACUACAGAGCAAGGUGCAAAAGUAUAAAACACUUCAGGAAACCUGUAAAAAGCAGGAGAAGGUCAUUGUGCAGCUGGAGAACCUAUUGUCCAAGGAAAGCAAAGGAGGUUAUUCUAAAGACAGUUCCGGUCACUUGAGCCAGACUUUGAUUGAUGAGAACACCAGAUUGAGGGAGGAGCUUGUGCGACAUAAGGGUUUACUAAAAGAGGCGGAAUCCAAACAAGCAUCUACCAGGGAGUCUACGCUUUUGCUUUCAGGCGCUGGGAUGGGGGACGAGGAGAGACUGGGACUACUUCACAAGCUUGAGAAAGCCGAAGGACGAAUAUUAGGGUUGGAGAAACAGAUGACGGAGAGCGCAAGAAAAUGGGCGAAGGAGAAGGCAGAUCUUCAGAUGAGACUCAAUGAGCUGACCUUGUCACAGCAGACGGGCUACAAGAAUUCAUUCAGCGCCUUUGAUGUUCGGCAAAUUACGGAUUCUCCGACAAUGCCAUCAACUAAACGCCCAGCAUAUGCAUCGAGAAGACCUUCACCAAAACUUGAUCCUAUCGGCAGAAGGUAGCGAAAGAUGUACCAUAUAAUACUGCGACCUCCCUCCAUCUUGACCCAAUCGACAUGACAGGGACAGAAGAAUAAAAUGCAAUGCCACGACCUUCCUCUACCUCAAAACAGUCGGCAAGGCAGGGACAUGUAUCAUAUAAUACCGCGACCUUUCUUUAGCUAGACUCAAUCGAAAUGGCAGGGACAGAAGAUGAAGUGCUAGGACCUCGACCUUUACUGGACAAGUAGUGGUGUAAAGGGUGUAUGUGUAAAGUGUGUAAUGAAGGAAACAGUUAUCAUGGGUCUGAAAAUUGUAAGUUUUUCCAUAUAAGGAAGAUCCGCUAUAUCUUCCCGAUGUAUAAUAUUUUUAUCAAAAGGGUAGAGAAAAGAUUGCUGUACAUUUAAGUGGGAGCUACUAAUGCAGUGGAUGCAGAAAAAAAUGUAAAAACGUUAUUUAUAAAAGUUUAUUCAUACAAAUCGUAGAAGUGGGCAGGCAAUACCUACCUUGCGAUGGAUAUAACUUUGUAGCAAACGGAUCGUUUAUAUAUAAUCAUUUGGAACUGCUGCAGUCCAAAACUUUCCGUCUUUAGUAGUUUGUAAUAGCGAGGUCACAACAAACGACUAUCCUAACGCCCCUGGUGAAACUGAAACCUUUCAAUUCGGUGCACCUAUUUCACAUAAGGUUGCACCGGCUUAUAAAUGUAUCGUAACCCGCAGUGGUUCAUGGGUAACGUAUAAAUGGCUAAAUCCUAGUCUCUCGACGCCGUGUGAACGUUUAGAGGUACAUAAACAGGAAUGCUAAAGCUUUCAAAACCUGUGUUUGUUUUUCACUUGUAUUUGCUUAUCUAUUUAAUACCCAUAAAGCACUGCAGGUUACGACAUAAAAAUUCUCCGAGUGCAACCUUAUUUGAAAUAGGUGUAUGUAAAGUAUAUUCGUCACGCCGUCCGUAAGAAUACGUUACCAUGACACUGAACAUUCUCAGAUACAAGGGCUGCAUAUGGGACUGAAAUGCAUUACAUUUUAAAACUAUUUUAGACGGCAUUUAGAACUCAUUCUAACAAAGUUCUUAGGUUUUGGUUUAAUCAGGGGCUGUAGGAUAGUCGUUUGUCGUUUUGACGGAGGCAUCAGGGACCUUAAGCAAGGACCAUGACAACGUGGACGUCGUUGGCAAAAGACAAUAGAAUUGGAUAAGCACUCAAUAGCAGCACACGAGAAUCCAUUCUGAAAUGAAAACUCGCAAGUUUCACGGUCUAUUUAGGGAGAGGACUUUUGCCGCGCCAACUCAUCUAACGUACUGCGUUUGUUACUGUAGAAACAAUGUCCUUAGUCUUAGCGCUGUCUUAUCCGUCGUCGUCGUUGCUUAAGACCCCUAUCCUCUUUUUAUCGUAUCACGAACCAUACGAGCUAAUGCCACAGCAACUUGACAAUUUGUCAAGAGUGAUACGUCUUAACCCGCAGUGCUUUAUGGGUACUAAAUAAAAAGAACAUAUGCGACUCCUA